AUGGCGACUCCCAGCCACGAGACGCUAUCGUUCAGUGCACAGGCGUUCAAAAGGCUCUUCCCAGCUGAGUAUGCGCGCAAGUGUCUGGACAGCAACGUGCGGGUAGAUGGGCGAUCGAUUGAAGCCACGCGCACGACUCAGCUGCAGACGAACGUGGUCCAGACGGCAGCCAGUUCCAGCCUCGUAAAGCUCGGCAAGACGUCAGUAUUGACAGCCAUCAAAUUGGCAGUGGGUACACCCGCAGUGGCUACACCUGAUCAAGGAGAAAUUGCUAUUCAGGUACAUUUAACACCUCUAUGCUCGAACCGGUUCUCAGUCGGCCGACCUUCCGAGGAGGCUCAGAGUAUUGGCAGUCAACUCACGAGGAUCGUCCUUGGCUCGCGUGUCGUGGAGAUGGAGGACCUGAGCAUUGCUAAGGGUCAGUCAGCAUGGAAACUCAUGGUGGAUGUCUUCUGUGUGAACCACGAUGGCAACGUGCUGGACGCUGCACUCGCAUCGAUCAUGGCGGCGCUUAAAACGCUACAGCUGCCAGCCACAUCGAUCAAUGAGGCAGAUAAUGUCGUCUCGAUUGUGCCAGACGGAGACACUAUGCCACUCUGUGUACGGUUCGGUGCGUACGCGACCUCGUUCGCUGUCGUGGAUAGCACGGUGCUGAUCGAUCCGACUAGCGAAGAAGAAGAUCUCGCCAGUGCCGUGGUGAGCAUCGCGUUCACUACUGAGGGCCAGAUUUGUGGCGUCCUUAAAGCUGGUGGUACAAUUGUAGCACCCGACGUGAUGCAGCACUGCAUGCAAAUCGCAAAGCAAAAUGCCACAGUAGUGGCCAAGCUCGUGGACGCGUCGACGUAG